UGGCGAUGACAGUUGUCUGUUUGUUCGGUCGGUCUUUGCGUACGUUUUGCCCAUCCAGGAAGGAAACCGAGGACUUCAUGAGAUGGGGAGAAAAGGAUAAACAACAUGUCCAAACUCUACCGUGAUAAGCUUUGGGCUCUUGACAGGGUGGGUGGCACCCAUGAGGCCGGAUGUGGUGCUAUAGUUUUCUUGACGGAAGACGGAGGUCUGAAUCGGUACUGUUGUGGUGGCAUCAUGAAGUCCGAGGGCGAUAAGGCAACGACGGAGAAGGGCAAGGUUGACGACAGAGAAUUGAGGAAAUUCCAUCUCACUUCCGUUUACGAUGAACAGGGCACCGACUGGGUCGACGCCGACAAGAAAGUCAGCCUCGACCUAGCCCUGUGCAAAGGGUACGGUCAGAGGGCGUUCGGUAAGAAACCUUUUGAGGCGAAGGGGGGUGGAACUGAGUUUCGGAUAGUUCAUUCGGUGGAUUUCCUUAACAAAACAAACAUCUAUAGAAAAAGUGGUCAGUACCCGAAGGUAGACGCCGGUUGUCAGUUCACAGGACCGCUUGUCCCGUACGACACUCCGGUCCAGGGUGUCGCAGACAUUUUGAAGUCUUGUGGGGAAGCACGCCAAGUGCCUUCAACUUCUCAGCAACAUUCAGACGUUGCUCAGAAGGUAAUUACGUACAUCAGGCGGUCGGGGGCAGGUUCAUCGGAUAAGGCUGAGAAGAGGAAACAACUCGCCACAACUCCACCGCAACUACAAGGACCUGCUGCGACUGCUGGCACUUCACGCUCGCGGCAGACGGAUCUUCAAGCCGUCGACCAACGGUCUGAGGAGCAAACGGAAACGGAGGAGGAUGUUGUGUUCCGCGGACGGGACGUGGGGUCCUUGGAGGACUCACGACACGGGGGCGCCGGAGGAGACAGCGAAGGGAACGAAACGCUUGGCGAAGCCGCCAACAAACGUAAAAAAGGCACCCGUUUUCGCAAAACAUCGCAACCUAAGAGAGUUGCACGCUCGUCAAGGUUUCCCAAGUCAGAUGAUUCAAGCGACGACGCUGAAGGGGUGGGCCCUCGUCGGCCUGACCUCAUUGCCGAGGACGAAACGGAAACGAAGAAGCCCCGUGCAGUCGACAUCACACGGUGCUUCUUUUUCGAGUACGAUGAAGACGGCAGGAAAAGAAAAGACGUGCCAAGGGUUUGCAUAGAUGUCAUGUCGAUUCUUCUGAUUCCCGAGGGCAACAUCGAAUUCAACCAGCGGUCACUGAACAAGGCAAUUGUUGCAGGUCUCGAUGCAUUAAUUGAUAGGUCCACUGCUCAAAGGGGUGUGGAUGAUGAUGCUCCGUGGGAACCGUCGGAGUUGAUACUCGCUCCAAUUACGCCUUGUGCGAAUGACCCCAAUGUCCAAGGAACACGUGUUCUUCCGGAGGACUUUGAUUGGAGGCGUGCGAAGGAAUACUUCUAUUACCCGGUUGCUGGGCAGCACACAGCAGAGGCCAUGAAAAGAGCGAGGUACAUGAUGCGUCUCUUCAACUACAUCGUGUUCAAAUCGGAGAACAGAGAGAAGGACGACUGCAACCAAGAGUUCUUCUUCGAUUACAAGGGCAUGACAGAGAGGUACGGUGUCACAGCGGAAGCAUGGGACGAGGAAAGGGAUAAAAUCCCUUUGGAGUACGUUAGGAAGGUUCCAAAACGACUUGGUGGCGACCAAGAAAUAAAAGGCCUGAAAGGAGCAGGGUUGAAGGCCACAGAGGCAUUGUAUAAAGAUGCGUCAUUUCAUUUUAAGGUCUUCGUGUACAGGGCGAUAGGAAAGGUGGAUUUGCUUACGGCAGAGAUGUGGCGAUUGUCAAAUGCUGCGCUUCACCUGUUGUGGGAAGGGAAAGGGCGACGAACAACAUUGCUGCCGAUUAAUAUGCACCCAAAGGAGUUGCUGCCUGCGCAAGAUGAAGUCGUUACCGCUGCCACAAACCUUAAUUGCAAGGCCACCAUCUUGGAUCUCGCAUUACCGUCGCAUUGCUCUUCGUGGUCGUCGGAGGACUUCGACGCUCUAUACAAAAUGAUGUCAAAGUUGUGCGGCAAGAAUUGGACAUUGAUCGUCUUCGCGUCACAAAAACAUCACAAGACCGUCAUGCGACACCUCUACAAUCGGGAGAACGUUGAGGUGAUACCCGGCACUUGGAAGCGCUUUAUGGGGGUCGGAACGACUGUCGAUAAAUAUGGGAAUAUGCAAAUUGAGAGUAAGGACACGAUGACGAUCGUCUUGCAUGCCAAGGUAGGCGACCUCGGAAAGGUUACAAGAGUGUCGCGCUCAGAAGCGGACAUUGUGGAAGUAAACGUCGUGGAACAAUUUUUUAAGCGGUGUGCAGCAAAACAUGGCGGCGAUGAAGGCAGUGAAAAAGAGGACUCAUUUCUGCAUGAGGACGAAGGGGUUAUAGUCCUUGGGAAGCCACAUGCUGGCCUUGUGUGGAAGAUUUUGCGCGCGGGGAACCAUGUAUUUGCGUGCGAUGCAUCGUCCACAGACAUCGCAUAUUUGACAAAGGCCAUCGAAAUACUCGCCAAGGAUCCUCGAAACGAUUGCACCAUCGAGAAACAUAAGAGCACACAACGCUCGGACAGGGACAUGUACCACAAGUUGGGGAAGAAAAGAGAAAAAAUGUGGGAGUACUUGUUCCAGGGCGACCCCAAGACUGCAUUCCAGCACAAGUACAUCUAUCGUAAAGCGAUGACACAAGAAGCAUAUGGUGGUUACCACAAGGCGGAGGUGGGGGCAUUCGCGUUGUUUAUUGCACGAUGCGAAGAGAUGAAGUUCAUGAGACAUUGCAACAAGUUGACGUACAGUGACUACAGUGACGUCGCACGUAGAACAGAUGCGUGGAAUCCGAUUGACAACGAUGAAGAGACUGAGACCUCGGACCUUGAAAUCGACCUACGGGUUAAGCGUUCUCGAGAUGGUGCACAUGGUCGUGAGGGAGUGCAAAAUGUUCCGGAUGGCAGCGUGCAAAACGAGAACCCCGAAGGAGGUCUGCAACAAUCCGGACCACUGAGCACUCAAGUGGUUAACACACAGGACAGGGCAAGUUCCGCUGGUGAAUUCCCAAGGGAUUCACCGACACCUGUUCAAGCCGUAAUUAACACCCUGCUUCACGGCAAUCGCUACGGAUAUCAAGGAGAGAAGAGGUCCAUCGGACGGAUGUCUGGAGGGAUGAGGAUGAACGACGUGCAGAAAGACGCCGACGAGGAUGACUUGGUUGUUCCAGGUGUCUUCCCGAAGUUGACGCCCGGUCAUGAUAUUCCAGAAAGCUUCAUGCAGGGCCCCACCUCGCCCUAUGUAUUUCAUGACGUGGGGGAAGAGACGUCGUCAGCGAAGUGGGGGCAUCACAUACUGUGGCACCCAGAUGUGUUCGAACCGUGCAUUGACGAGGGGAAGUGGGCAAUGGCACUGCAUCUGAGAGAUGGCUGGAAAGUCAAACCCAGGAUGGCAGAAGAUUCAUGGUUGAAAACCACAAACGGUGAAAUCCUAUUACGCGUUACGAAGGAAAACCAUGGUGCCGAUGAAGCCCUUAUAUGCGCGAAGGCCCAAUCGUUGUUCGAGUCUCUACGCUCCAACAAUCGCUUGGAGUACAAGCAUCAGUUUUACGACUUUCCAUCAAGCCGGUCGUAUAACAAAAUCGAUUGGAAAAUCGUACAGCCUCCCACAUGCCACGGGCUCGAUAACAUUCCUGUUGGAUGUUCGCAGCUUGCGGCAAUGUCGCAGACUAACUUUGCAUUGAGUGCAGAAGAAGCGCUGAGUCAAACGCGUGUCGCAGCAAACUACACAGAGAAGGGAAACACCCUACUUCAAGGAAAUGGAAAGUGGACGAUUACGGGGGUUAAGGGAGCUCCAACGUCUCACGCGGUCGAACAAAAAUCAAACGUUGCAUCAUACGGGCCUCCGCUUGUGACACAGUUGGGAAACGAAGGGGCAUCACAAAUGGAGAGUCCCACUCCUUCAGCGGAGGAUGUGGUUGCGAAGGCGAUGCAACCAGGUGUGUGUACAGAACUUGCGGCCGAGGCGAAAGAAAACUCAGAUGAGAUGAUAAAACUAUUGAAUGAUGUGGAGAGGGAAGAGAAGAAUAAACUCGAAAGGUCCAACGCAUCGGCCAAUGUGAUUAAUUGCAUUUCCGAGAGCGAGGAAGGGCAAGUUGCACAUGCAGAGGGGGAUGCUGGCUGUGAAGAUGUUGGGGAAGAUAACAAGGAGUGGAAUGAAGGCGAUGAAGGAGAGAGACUCGUUAGACGUUCGACAAGAGAAAAGGCAAAAACACAAAGGAUGAAUAUUUAGAGACAUGAAUAGGGUUGUGUGUGUGUGUGUGUGUGUGUGUGUGUGUGUGUGUGUGUGUGUGUGUG